AUGACCUGCUGCGAAGGCUGGACGUCCUGCAACGGGAUCUGCCUGCUGAUCCUGCUGCUGCUGGGCGUCAUCCUCAAUGUCAUCCCUCUGGCUGUCAAGUUCGUCGAUGGUGACAACGAUGAUGACCUUUCUAAAAACCCCAUCUCUUGCUUUGAGUGGUGGUUUCCAGGAAUUAUAGGCGCUGGUGUGAUGGCCAUUCCUGCCACCACGAUGUCCUUGGCAGCAAGAAAAAGAGGUUGCUGCAAUAACAGAGUUGGGAUGUUUCUUUCAUCAAUUUUGAACGUGGUCACCAUCCUCGGUGCGGUGUACUGCAUGUGGGUUUCUCUCUGUGCGCUCUCAGAAGGCCCUCUCAUUUGUAACUCUCAAGUCAACAGGACUACCAGUUGCGAAUUUUCAUUCAAAAAAUUAAAUGAGUUUGACCCAGAAUCCUUCAGUUUAGAGUGGUUCUUAAGAGGAUCGUGCACAUCUCCCAUUGGUCCCAAUAACCACACCAACAUCACAGGCGGUCUCUGGGAUAAGGACAAGUGGGACUUCGAUUCUGAAGAAAAACAAGAGCGGGUCAUCCAUCUCUCCGUGUUUUUAGGUCUCCUGCUUGUGGGCAUCCUGGAGCUCCUGUUUGGGCUCAGUCAGAUAGCCAUCGGCUUCCUAGGCUGUCUGUGUGGGGUCUCUAGGCGAAGAGAACGGUAUGUGUAG